UGCGUGCCGCCCAGUAUCGAAAGGUUUGAACCCGGCUAUUGAGGGGUUCGCUUAUCAAUCCCGGUUCCAAUGUGCCGGCGCGACGCUGUGCUGCCGGCUAGUGCAUCGUCUCUAUUUUGUCCGAGAAGAAACACCACUCACAAACCUGAGCUAGCCUUUAUGAAAAUAUCUUGUCUCUCCCUCCUCCAUCCCUUGUCCACUUCUAGUGAACAAAAUACUAGCUCUCAUGCGUACCCCUCUCCGUAUCGCCGUGCUUGAAUGCGACGUUCCCCUGGACCAAACAAAGUCCAAAUACAAGGACUACAGCGGGGUAUUCGAAGACCUAUUCUGCUCCAGCGCCAAACUGUUAAAUCAGCCCGACAAACUCGAUCCGGCCACGGGGCUUGAGAUCUCAAAGUGGGAUGUCGUGGAGGGCGAUAAAUACCCGAACCUGGAGGACGUUGAUGCCGUGUUGAUAACUGGAUCCAGACAUAAUUCCUACGACGAUAUUCCUUGGAUAAACAGACUAGUCGAAUUCACAUCCAAGGUCCUCGCGCAGGAUCGGGUCCGCAUCAUCGGUGUGUGUUUCGGCCACCAAAUCCUCGGAAGGGCACUGGGGGCAAAGGUCGGCCCUAAUGAGCGUGGCUGGGAGGUUGCAGUGCAUGAAAUGGACCUCACAGAUAAGGGGAAGGAGCUAUUUGGCGUUACCAAAUUGCGCCUUCAGCAAAUGCAUCGCGACAUAGUCCAUUACUGCCCUCCGAACGUUGCUCUGCUGGGCUCCUCCCCAGUUUGCGAUGUACAAGGCAUGUAUUCUCCCGGCCGGUUUAUAUCCGUCCAAGGUCAUCCCGAAUUCACCAAGGACAUUGUGGCAGAGAUUCUUCAUGCGAGGCGGGAUGCGGGAAUCUUUCCCACGGGGAUCUAUGAGGGUGGAUUGGCUACUGUUGGGAAUGAACAUGACGGCCUAGUAGUUGGGAAGACGUUUUUGGAAUUCUUGAUCCACUGAUGAGAGAUGAGUGAUGAGCAGCGAGGGCUUUCGUGAGGUUGUGAACCCGCCACACGCUGAGAGGAACAUGACAUAGAUAUCCAUGGAUCAGAAUUAGAUGCUCUUAUACAUCCCUGGUCUGGCUCCAUUGCCGAAUAUUGUUUUUAAAUUCCAUGUUUAUAGAUACCUAGAUAUUUAAAUGCAUUGUCCUGUGCUGUACAGCAAACUAUGAUAGGUAGGUUAAAAGGAAAUUAUUUUACUUUCCACAAUGCAGCUUCCUCGUCUGACCAUAUGCACAUGUAUUCAUUCAAUGUUGGCUCUCCAAUAUCCAGCUUUACCAACCCUUCAAAUGCGGAGGGGUGCACCUAAAAUAAGACAGAAUGCUAUGUCUGCCCUUCGUGCGAUAUAAUGAAGGUCUGCAACGUAAUCCAUAAACCCGUGGUCCGUAAUCCCGCCAUUCGAAAACUCACGGAACCCCAGAGCCUUGCUCAAACGGACUUAUUAAGACAGGGGAAUAAAAAGGAAAUACAAAGGGAUUACACAGUAUCAGGCCUCUCCAAAAAUCCCGGAUCAGAAUCAAUCCUGCUCUCGAACUUCGUCCACCAAUCCCUAAACACUCUCAACGGCACAACCUCCUCACCCGGCGCCCUGGGAUCCGUAGCCGCAAAGCUAGCCAAAUAAUUAAACGCAUUACCAAUAAUCCGCUGCGCAAGUGUUUUGGUCGAGGGUGCCGACGACCACUUAGUCACCACCCCCGCGCCCUGUUGGCCCGCGGACAUCUUCACUAGAUCCACCGAGGACGGGAAAGACGAUCUUUGCAGCUGGUUCUGGCCCUGGUUUUGCAGGUCUGUCAUCUUCGACGCUACGGCCUGCACGGGUUCGAUGGUGAUGCCUAGCGUUAUCGUCGCGUUGGGGUUUAUCUCCGCUGGGUUGGCGGGGACGGUGGCGCCUUCGUCCAUCAUUUCAUCUUCCUCUUCUGCCUCCGUGCGUCGACGGGCGGAGGGGAAACUGACCCUGAAGAUGGCGGAGGGUUUCUCAUUGGCGAUUGCGCCCAGGAAUUUAAAUUCCGGGGCCGCGCUAGUCGCGGUAGUUGUGUUGGUAGGGUUGAGGAUGAGGUCCUUUGGGAAUUGGAUGUAGACCGCUGCUGCGGUGUCCGGGGGCAAAACGACACCGGGCAGGAGGAAGAUGACUAUGUGCGAGAACUUGGGGAGGGCGGGAAAGGUGAAGGCGAAGUUGUUUGCGGGGACGGUGGGGUCUGAGGACAAGGGGACCACGUCGGUGAGGCAGGGCCGGCUGGGGAGGACGACGGAGAACAUCGCUGGUGUUGUCCGUAGAUGAGCUGGUCAUAUGCAUAAACCUCGUCAGGGUAUGGGUUUGUAUAUAUAUAAUAUAUAAGUUCUGCUAUAGCGGAUUUAAUUUUA